UCUUUGUCUGGUUCUCUUUCUAUUCAGUGAUGAUCGUUGAUGAUGAUAGCAGUGAUUCUGAGCUAGAGGGGCGUCUCUCAGUCUCUCCCGCUGUCACUAGAGGCGGGGGCCUAAAGGGUUCCAGCAGUCCAACUCAUUUCGUCAAGUUUAAGCCACUGGAGCUGAGCGAGCCUGAGUCUGAAGAAGAAGAAGAUGGAGAGCAUCUUAACUUACCUGCUGAGGCUAAAGGUAAGAACAGACGUGCUAGUGAGGCAAUAGCUCAGUGGCGGUCGCAGCGUUGGGAAUCAGUGGAUUCAUUUUCAUCAGAUGAUGACCAGGCAUAUGAGAGCACACCACUACUGAACAAACAGCUCUACCUACUGGUUGCCAGGUGUAUAGCGUAUCCAUUUAACUCUAAGUUCCAGAUAGAGACCGCUCCCCCUAAGCCACGCCUUAGUAACGAGAGUUACUUAAAGAUAUGCGAUGUCCUUCAGUCAGCCAUCAACACUGAUAAAACCCUCCAGCAACAUUUGAUUCUUAACGGGAACGAGAUGAAGACCAUUGUCAAUGCUGACUUCUUGCAAACAGUCGAGUGGUACUUUACAAACAUUCUCUCACGGGAUGACGUCCGCAUAGCCUGUACCUCCGGAGGGUUUUCUAUCAAGGAACUUGAGAAUAUAUUCCGUGUGGCUAUUUGCCGCAAGUUUAGAGAUAAAUUUGAGACAGCAACAGGAGGAGGAGGAGGAGAGAGGAGUAUCACCAAGAAGAUAGAGGGGGAUCCCAAGUUUCAAAUAUGGGUCUGUACGUUUGUGAAACUGAUUGAGCAUGGGUCCCAGAGCGUCAUGUCAGAGAGGGAGCUGAGACAGAUCAACAAGCAAAUGAGUUGGGAGAAACAAGAGCUCUACUUGUUAUUUCAGAAUAUACUGGGGAUUUCAAAGAGUGAUCAUCAAGCUUUAUUUAGAACCUGCCAUUUAAAUAAUUUGGAAGAGCAAGAGGACGUGGUUAGGCGAGAGAUUCAUAAAAGAAAAGAAUUGCUCAAAAAAGGUGUAUGCAGCUUUUAUUGGAAGAACCAGUCGGAACAAGUGUUGGGUGCUUACUUUGAUGAAAUGGACAGAAGGUUACGAGAACUCACUGAGAACCUUGAGUCUCGCUCAAUGACAUCAUCAGAAUAUGGAAUGAGGGAGAAAAAGAAGAAAGUUACUGCUGAUUCUACUGCUCAAACUUACACAAAUAAAGACUUUGUAUUCCAUCACAAAGUGAAGGUAACAGUUCGAGAUGCCAGUCAGAUAAUUGGAGUUGCAGAAGGGAAAAAUAUUUUUAUUGUUUUUGAAUUGGAAGGGAACAAUCCGUUGGCUACUAAAUCAGUUCCACUCAACACAAAACACAUUGCGCUGUUUGAUGAAGGUGGAGAGUUCUGGACUAAUACUCCCCUACCUCAGAUCAGUUUUAUCUUAAAAUUAGAAACCCAGGGAUUGCUCAGUAGCGAAAAGUCUUUAGCAAAGAAACUCCACACUGUGAUGCCUACUGCAGUGGAGACUACUGAUGAUGUUGAGCUUCAAAGGAAUGACGGUACAGUCCUCACUCACCUCAGGGUAUCAACGUUUCUAGAGCGGCCUGGGAACAUGAGGAAGUGUGGGUACCUCUAUUGUGCUGGGGACUUUGCCUUUAAGCAAUGGCGGUCACGGUUCCUUGCUCUUCUUCAAAUGUCCCAGUUUAGUUUUGCUUUUUGUCACUACCAACCAAAGGACACUCACCCCAGGGAGUUCAUCGUCCUUGAAGGAUACACUGUACAGUAUCUGGCGGAAGAGCCAAACGGAGAAGAUUUAGCCAAGUAUCAUUUCACUCUUUCGUCUGAGAAAGGAGUCAUCAAGUUUGGGUGCAUGACCUCGAGUGAGAGAGACCAGUGGGUCCAAUGGUUGACGAGGGCUACUGGUCAAACGGACAAACCAAAAGACAAACCUGGUAAUCCAGCUGCUGGUAGUAUUCCCAAGUCUCCAUUAGCAGGAGGGGAUAUCAAGGCUAUGGGUAUUGCUGAUGUUGUCAAUAUGGACGUUGCAGAGUUGGACCAUCCAAAAAUGUUUACAAAAUUAUUUAAAUCAAUUCUUAACUAUCGUCUCAAGGAAAUUGAUUUCAGUCGAGGUUUCUUCUCUCCUGGUCAGAUGUACGUUAUUGAUGAGUACUGUGCUAGGUACUGCAUUAGACUCAGCCACAGACACUUGACCUGCCUUUGGGAGUGGCUGCAAUGUGAACUCAAAGGUCAAAGAAUAUGGCCAGUCAUGAUGCUCCACUCGUUUGGUUUCUGUCAGAUGCACGUCAUGGGACAAAAGCCACAGGAACACAGCGAGGUGGUUACCCCAGAGGAGAGGAAGCAGUGGUCACAACUGAGUGGACAGAUUGAGCUACUCCUGGCAGAAAAACUUGAGAACUUCAGAGAACACUUUCCAUUUUCUUGUCCUAAAGAUGAUCUUAAAAUAUCAAUGAAACUUUUUACUCUUGUUGCUGAAAUCAAUCAUUCCCAGGAGUCUAAGCACAAUAUGCCGUUAUACAGUGAGGACACGCCCCUCAAACUACUCAUUGCUAUUUUGGAGAGAGCAGCUCUCAAUAAUUAUAAAAAGAUAUUCGCUAAACUUUGGCAAUAUGAAGAACUGGAACUAGAUGAGUACAGUGAUCAUUUGAAUGUUGAUCAGCUCUAUACAUUGGCUCAGAUGUGUGUGGAUUUCAUGUACGAACUUCAUGAGUUUUAUGCUGACGAUUUCACACUGUAUCCUUUGGCACUAGUAGCUCACAUUGAUGCCUUUUGGUCAUUCUUUGUUGUUGAUCUUCAAGAGUGUCUGAAGGAGGCUGAUGUCUCUCUUGUCUCGCUAUUAAAAAUGUUUUAUUCUUUGAAUGAAUAUUUCUGUUCACAGCCUUCAUUAAAGUUAAGUAAGUUUCAUCAGACACUACUCCAGCAGUUUGAGCCAUUGGUUGAUUCAUAUCUCACUGGACUGAAUGAGAAUAUCAGGAAUGAUCUUGAGCAGUUCCUACAGCACGAAACAUGGCUACCAGUCAAUGAAUGCUGCUAUAGCAUGCAAGGCUGUCUUGAAGCACUGGAGUCCAUCAAAACGUUUGUUGAGCAGUUGAACUGGCCACAGGAUCCAUUUGCUACUUCACUAGUGACCAAAGUCCAGACUAUUUGUGCUGAUAAAUUUGAAAUUGUUGUUAAAUUUACACUAGAACAGUGUGACCUUCAGCUGAAAGGACUUCUCAUGAAGAAUGGCUCCAUUUUACCAAAACCAGUCAUCACAAUGGUCAAUACUAUUAUGUUCCUUGGAGCACAGGCUGCUUCUUUUUGUGGUUUUUCUCAGAGUUCUAGUGGACAAGUUCCUCAAGAACAACUAAGUAUAGCUGUUAACAUGACUACUUCAUUAGAGAAUUCUGUUGAUAAAAUGCUUAGCUCAGUAAUUCAAAAGUUGUGUGAGCCUUUCAAUGAGCUACUGGAACUGAUGUCGAAACAGGAUCCAACAGCUAGUCUGUUCUCUUCAUUGAGGAAGAUUGUACCUGGUCAGAUACCAACUGAAGGAUACUGCUCUUAUGUUAAAACUAACUUGCAACACUUGUCAUCUACACUCGUUUUAGCUGCUUUUAACAAUUUUGUACUAAACUGGUAUGAGUCACAGAUGAGGUUAUUAAACCAGUGGGUGAGGUAUAGGCCAAUAUUCUCACUCAAUCCUGCUCAACAGGACGCCAUUGAAGCACUACUGAAGGAUAUCAGGGACCUAUUCCUGGAGGUUGAUUUAGACGAAGAGCAGCUGGAGACUGAGAACUAUGGACAGAUUGAAGACCGACUGAGGAAAGAAAGAUCACAAGCAGCUCUGAUGGGGCAAGAAGACUAACAGCCACAGAAUAUUGCUAUUGCUUCUUCUCCUGCAGUAGAAGGAGCUUCCCUACCAUUAUACAUGUACAUUAUAAUUCAUGACAUUAUUUUUAGCACAGCAUUCAUCAAUCAUCAGCAACCAUACUGUCUUAAUUUUAUUCAUCAGUUCAGCUCAUCUUUUA